AUGCCAACCACUCUAAAGUUCGCUGAGCAUCGUUAUGCUGCUGAUAACGAGCUUCAGAAGCUAGGAGUGUGGGAAUUUCCCUCAUAUACGGAUAAUGCCUCUGGAUACUGGGUAAUUUACGUCCACGGUGGUGCGUGGCGUGAUCCCCGAAAGACCCUUCAAGACUUUGGCGCUUCUAUCCAGGAAAUCUUAAAGUCCAGGUCCAUCCCCAGGUCUGAGAUUCGCGGCUUCAUCAGCAUUGACUACCGUCUCUCUCCACACCCUCUCUACCCGCAAGACCCCGACGUCACUUCUCCCGCAGAACUUCGUUGUGCUCAACAUCCGGAUCACCUUCGCGACACCUGGUCAGCCCUUGCAUUCUUACAGCGUGAAUAUCAAAUCGGGGACCGUUAUAUCCUCAUCGGGCACUCGGCCGGCGCUACCUUGGCCCUUCAACUGCCCAUGGGGUCCGUUGCGCUGGGCGCGGCCCCUCCGCCGGAGGUCAAGAUGCCAACUGCGUUUAUCGGCGUUUCCGGCAUAUACGAACUUUACAACCUCAAUGCCCGCCACGAACAGACUUACACCCAAUUUAUUGCCGGUGCCUUUGGAGACGACCAGAAUUCUUGGAACAAGGUUGUUCCGGCCACCUUUUCAGGGAGCUUCAAGGAUGCUCUGCCUACCAAGCCGCUUAUCUUGCUGGCCUGGUCGCCGGAAGACUCCUUGGUCGACGAGCCUGAGAUCGAUACUAUGGCUGCGAAGCUGAAGAAGGACGGGGUGGAGUGCACCAUCGUCAAGGACUUGACCCACGAUCAUGACUUUGUCUGGGAGGAUGGCAAGCAGAUUGCCCGCUUGCUGUCGGAAGCUCUCACCCUGUUGAGGAAGAACUAA